AUGCACUAUGAGUUUGGCCAUGCCAAAGGACGAGGCGGACGACUGCCCAAGUGCAUCCAAAAGCACGAAGCACUUUCCUUGCUGUUGCAAUUCUAUUGCGCACUGUUUGAGGGCAAGACCUUGUGCGAGUUGUUUCGCAUGGCCCCAGCGACCCUAGCAAGAACCUUGACCAAAGCUAGCGCGCGCUUACGUCCAACAUUGACUGGACUUCGGGCUCCCCAAUAG